AUGCAAGCGACGGAUGCGUCUCCUGUUGUCGAGGGCAAGAAGCCGACAUCGGCGAUGUAUCUGGGCGAAUGUCCAACCUACUACCCGACCGAGGAGGAGUUUGCAGACCCCACGCACUACAUUCAGAUGAUUCGACCGCACGCCAGCCGCUAUGGUCUGUGCAAGAUCGUGCCACCACAGCCUGCCGAACGAUUCCAGGGACCAAAGCGAUUUGGCUUCAGGGAGGCACUUCAGCAGUCGUUCAGCCGGCUCAAUCCGAAGGACUUCAAGUUCAAGACGAAAGUGCAGAAGAUCCACCAGCUGCAGUCGCGCUAUGGACCCAACGAGGCCUUCCUUCAGGACCUCCAUCGCUUCCUCAACAAGAGGGGAACCCCUAUGAAGACUAUUCCGCGACUCGAUGGCAAGGAGCUGGACCUCUACAAGCUCUUCAAGAUUGUGGUAGAGCGAGGUGGUGCUAAGAAGAUCCAGAGGAAGAGGAAGUGGAUCGAGGUGGUGGAGGCACUCAAGUUGUCGCGUUCCUCGAAGCCUACGGCACUGGCCCAGCUUCUCGCCCACCAGUACAACCUGUGGCUGUCCGACUAUGAAGAGCACUACCGCCGUUGUGUGGCGCAGAAGCAUAAGACAUCCACCCACACCGCCACUGCGUCGUCAUCUUCAACAUCGAAUGGCAACGCAUCGUCUCCAUCGAUGGAAACGGAAGCGGCCGCUGUGGGAGAGCACGCAUCACCGUUGAAGAGGAAGAGGGACGAGAGCGACGAGGAACUGGACAAGAAGGAGGGAGGGGAGGCACACAGCGCGAACGGGAAGGUGGAGGUCAAGCCUGAGGGCGAAGCGAACGGGAGCGGCGCCAAGUCUGCUCCUUCCAGCGGCGGUGCGGAAAGCCCGGCCGGCUCUGCUACAUCAACUGUCGCGGCUAAGUACGCUGCGUUCUCCUGCAAGCGAUGCAACAAAUCGAUUCACAACUCGGAAGAAGCCAUCACCGAGCACCUCGACUACCACUACGCCAGGGACAUGGCGAGCGGCUGCUCGAUGCCCAACUCCAACCUGGCGUCGAUCGUGCCUCGCUACAUUCUGCAAGGCAAGCGCCCCAAGAAGGAGAGCUCACCUCCCGCCGUGGUGAGCACCUCGUCGCUCGAGAGCAGCCUGACGGCGAUCUCGCCCACGCACGGCGGGCGGAGCAAGAACAAGACAAAGAGAAGGAGGAAGAUCUCGAUGAACGUGCCCAUCUUCAACGACCCGGUCGCCUCGUUCUCCUACUUCUCGUCACAGAUCAAGCUGGGCAAGCAGGAGGACGACGAAAGCGAUGCCUCGGCUGCCCCCGGAGGCAGCAGCAGCAGCAGCAGCAGCAGCGACGCCGGCAAGGGGAGCAAAGGCAGCAACAGGAGUCGAGACAAGAGCAGGGGGAAGGCGAAGAAGAACAAGAAGCAGAAGCUGGACGACGAAGACGACGAAGAGGAGAUGGACGUGGAGAGCAUCAUGUGCACCACCUGCGGAGGCGGAGAGGACGAGGAGAACAUGCUGCUCUGCGACGGCAAGGGUUGCGAGAACGCGUACCACCUGUACUGCCUCUCCAUCCCCAUCUCGUCCAUCCCCGUGGGCGACUGGUUCUGCGACGAGUGUCUCCAGGCCAAGCGAGAGGAGGACGACAGGAAGCGAAGGAUCGCCGCCGGCGAGAAGAUCGAGGAGGAGGGCGACGAUGACGACUGGCACGAGGAGUUCGGCUUCGGCGAGGGCAAGGUCUUCACGCUGGAGAGCUUCAAGAAGAUGGCCGACAAUUUCAAGCGAAAGUGGUUCAGGACGGACAACCCCGACAGCAUAGCCGUGGCUCAGGCCGAGGAGGAGUUUUGGCGUAUCGUCAACACCUGCGAGGAGUACGUUCAAGUCCACUAUGGAAGUGAUCUGUGCACGUCGGCGCACGGGAGCGGCUUCCCCGAACCGACGGGGCUGCCCGAGCUCGAUUGUGGCUGGAACCCGCGCGUGCUGGCCACCGUCAAAGGGUCUCCUCUGCGGUUCCUGGGCCAGGCCAUAUCCGGCAUCACGAUCCCCAUGGUGUACGUGGGCAUGUGCUUCUCCUCCUUCUGCUGGCACAACGAGGACAACUACCUCUACUCCAUCAACUACCUGCACGAGGGCGCGCCCAAGAGCUGGUAUGGCGUGCCGGGCGCUGCGGCGGCCAACUUUGAGCGCGUCAUGCGACUAGCCGUGCCCGACCUGUUCGAGGAGAUGCCGGACCUGCUGCAUCAGCUCAUCACCAUGCUCUCGCCGUCGGUCCUCAUCGGCAGCGGCGUUCCGGUCUACCACCUCGUGCAGUACCCGGGCGACAUGAUCAUCACCUUCCCCCAGGCCUACCACGCGGGCUUCAACCACGGGUACAACGUGGCCGAGUCGGUCAACUUUGCCACGCCCGACUGGCUGCCGUUUGGCAGGCGGGCGAUGAGCCGUUACCGCAAGCACAAGCGGGGUCCCGUGUUUUCUCACCAGGAGCUCAUUUGCAAGGCGGUCACCUACGAGCCCGAGUCGGCUGAGAUGGGCAGGAGGGUCCGCUAUGAGUUCCUCAAGAUGGCCGAAGAAGAACAGAAGUUGAGGGACAAGAUAGUGAUAGAGGGAAUCGAAACCUGCAUGCGCAUGACCAAGGAGGACGAACAGGAAGAGGACUGCAGGCAGUGUAGCGUGUGCCUCUACGAUUGCUACUUGUCCGCGGUCACGUGUGCGUGCAAGGACAACAAGCAGAUUGUCUGCCUUCGCCACUCCAAGAAGAUAUCCUUUCCACCCUCCUCCCUCCCCAACCACCUGUGCGCUUGCGAGGGACGUAAGAAGGUGCUCAUGAUCCGCUACACGUUGGCCGAGCUCGACGCCAUGCAGAACAAGUACGACCUCAAGCUUGGCAUCACCAACGAGCAGCAGCUCUUGCAGAUGCAGCAGGCGCACGCCCUUCAGGAACAAGAGGAGAAGCUGCAGCUGCAGCAGGAGAAGGUGUCACUCGCCGUGCGGCCGUGA